UCUGUUGCUAACAUCUCGGUGCCAGAUACCACAGCACCCCUUCAGAGGUAUUGUGGAGUCCAUGCCUUGAAGAGUCAGAGCUGUUUUGGCAGCACAAGGGGGAUCUACACAAUAUUAGGCAGGUGGUUUUAAUGUUAUGGCUGAUCCGUGUAUACUAUGGCCAUGAUAUGAUAGUGCAGUGUAAUUGUUUUUUUCCUGUUUCUUUAGUCCGGCUCUGCCUCCUCAUUAUCUGUGAACAACCCUGCCUUAGCUGAAGGGAAAGCCAGGGCUUAGCAGCAACACCAGGAAGUGAAGCAGAAGUGAAUCCGCGUGCAGGAGCUGAAUUGCAUUUCACAACACAGACGUUUAGGACAUAUCCGAGCUUCCACAGUGUCUAACUCUGUGUCGAGUUUGUUUAAAGGCAUGUCCAUGUGAAAUGUCGGUAAGUGUCGUGCUUUGCCUCCAAACUUCUCUCUCUGCAUGGAAGUUACGCUUACAGAAACCAGGCGAGUUCAGAGCUCCUACCAGUGAAGGAGUAAAUAAUAGGGCUUUGUGGGGGACUUGUGAUGGCAUAGUUGGACUGAGACUCCUGCAUUAGUUCUGUAACAUGUACUGGAAUGUUGGAGCCGCCGAAGACUCUGAAGACCAGCCUGCCUGCUGCGAUGCCGAGCAAGAUGGCGGUGCAGAAAUGGGAGCCAAGCAGUCGGCGGCAGGGAGCGCUGUCUUGUCCCAGUCGCCCACCCUAGAAAACAUCCGUGAGGCUUACGGGCAAGGUGAGGAGCGCAAGGCGCACGAGCUGAUCCGGCUUGCCUGCCAGGAGAACGGCGGAGGACGAGCAGACAUGCUAGAGCUCCUGUGUGCUGCCAGUCAGCAUGGUGACGUGGAGAGUGUUCAGUUCCUGUUGAAGAAUGCUCGGGUCCAAUUUCCUCAGGAACCCAGUGAAGGGAAUCCGGCUAUCUUGGCUGCGCAUUACGGCCAUCACUCAGUGGUUCAAGAGCUCUUGGACUCCAUUCCAUCUCCAUGUAUCCGUAAAGAUCUUUUGAACUGGAUGCUGGCGACGGCGUGUCAGCAGGGUCAUUUAGAGGUGGUGAAGCUGCUGGUUCUCAAUUACCAGGCCGAUGCAGAAGACUGCGCCCUACAUAGUGACGAGUUUGCAGUUAUCACUGGCCUGCCGCUGUAUGCUGCAGCCAGGGCAGGAAAUAAGGCGAUUGCUACGUUUUUGCUGGAGAAUGGAGCCUGCUUCUCUUCGUACACGUUGAUGGACCACAGCAAGUUCACGCAGGAGCUGCUGAGAGAGCGCCUGGUGGAGGACAAAGACACAUGCGAUGAUGGGAGAGUGCAGCAACCUGUGAGUGUGCAGUGGUCAGGGUUAAAGCUGCCAUGGUUGGAGCUGGACUGGUUCCUGGAUGUUUCCUCCAGGAUCACAGUGCUGGAUGUGUCACACAACGGCCUGAGCUCUCUGCCCUCAGUGGUGCCAUGGGGCCUCAUAAACCUGCACACACUCAACCUCUCACACAACAAACUCAAAGAGCUGCACACACCCCAAUCCUCUCAGGAAAUCAUCUGCAUCAGAUUACGCCAGGUCAAUCUGUGUGAGAACGACUUGGAGAGUCUCCCGGUUGGCUUGCUGCAUCUCAGCCAGAUCCAGAGACUCUUUGCAGCCAAGAACAAACUCACCAUCCUUUUCAACAUCCCUAAUGGCACUAACUGGAUUGGGCUGCGCAGGCUUCAGGAGCUGGACGUGUCUGAUAACUACCUGAUUGAUCUCCCGUUCCGUGUACUGCACUGCUUCAAGUCCCUCAACAGCCUCAAUAUCAGCAAGAACAGGCUAAGCCGCUUCCCAGACCCCUGGGCCUGUCCUCUGAAAAUUUGCAAAGCUGCAUCCAACCAGAUCCAGAGUCUCCCUGACACAAUCUCUAUCUUCUGGAGGACGCACUUGAAGGAGGUGGACUUCUCAGAGAACGCCCUCAAGGAGCUGCCCUCCUACAUAUUUGAGCUCGAGGCCAUUGUGUCCCUGAAGCUAUGUGGGAAUCAGAUUACCACUCUGCCGGCUCCAAACAAAUGGAAAUGCUCUCAGCUCCGAACCUUAGACCUGUCCAGAAACCAGCUGGGGAAGCCCGUCAGGACGGAGGAGAACACCAAGACCAGGAGGCUCCCCUUCUUAACCACGUGGCAUCGCAGAGACCCAGAACCAGCUUGUCCCGUCCAGUUUCCCGAAAUCCUGCGGGAUUCACUGGAAGUUCUCUUCCUCAACGACAACCAGCUGGAGUGUGUGCCUUCGUCUGUGUGCACCCUUAAAACCCUGUCCGAGCUCUAUCUGUCCAAUAAUCCAGGCAUCCAGGAACUCCCAGCUGAACUGGGCCAGCUCUCGAACCUCUGGCAGCUGGACAUAGAAGACCUAAACAUCAGCAAUGUGCCCGCGGAUGUCUGCCGCGAUGGUCCGGCGGCUGUGUUGGCAUUCCUGCGUGCUGAGCUGCGCUGUGCCGAGGCCUGCAGGUUGAUGAAGCUGAUGUUUGUUGGGCCGCCCCGUCAGGGGAAGAGUACUCUACUGGAGGCCCUUCAGACAGGAAGAAACUCGCCUUUCUCUCCAUCUGAUCGCAGCAUCCGCACCUCAUCCUGGCUCCUAGAGAGACCCAGUGGAGUCAAAAAUAACGUCGAAUCUGUGUCCUUUAACGUGUGGGACAUCGGAGGUCCGGCCAGCAUGUCCACUGUGAACCAGUGUUUCUUCACGGAUAAAGCUCUGUAUGUGGUGGUCUGGAACCUGGCACUAGGAGAGGAGGCCGUGGCCAACCUACAGUCCUGGCUGCUCAACAUAGAGGCACGUGCCCCAAACUCAGCAGUAGUAGUCAUCGGCACACAUCUGGACCUCAUCGACACUAAGUUUCGCACAGAGCGGAUUGCUACACUGCGAGCCUACAUCCUGGCGCUGUGCAGGACGCCGUCGGGUGCCAGAGCCAGCGGAUACCCGGACAUCACCUGGAAGCACCUGCACGAGGUGUCGUGUAAGAACCUGGAAGGCAUGGACGGUCUCAAGAGGCUCCUGUAUCAGGUGGCCUGCUCCAUGAAGGACAUCAGUAAUCCAGCCAGCUGCCACAAACUUGUGGGAAGACUGAUCCCCAAGAGCUACCUGACCCUUCAGGAGGCUGUGUUAGCGGAGCGUCAGAGGAGAGACGCAGAAGACGAGGUCCAGUAUCUGACGGAUUUGGAGCUGGAACAGAUCAUUGAACAGAGCCCAGGCAGUGACAUCAAAGACUACGAGGACCUCCAGACUGCAAUCAGUUUUUUAAUUGAGACUGGCACCAUGCUGCACUUCCCUGAUACGAGUCAUGGCCUGUGUAAGCUUUACUUCCUGGAUGCUGUAUGGUUAGCCGAGUGCUUAGAGCGGAUUGUGCAUCUGAAGAGUUCGCGCUCUGUGGCACGUAACGGCCUGAUCCGAACCGAGGACCUGCGCAUGCUGCUGAUCGGCACCGGCUUUACCCAGCACACUGAGGAGCAGUACUUCCAAUUCCUCGCCAAGUUCGAGAUCGCUCUGCCCGUGGCCAGCAACAGUUAUCUCCUGCCACACCUGUUGCCUCCCAAACCAGCCAUGGAUAUCCACGGCUUCCGCCAACAUACCAGCAACACUAUCCAGCGCCACUUUAAGAUGAGCUUCGUUCCAGCGGGAUUCUGGGAACGCUUCAUCGCCCGUAUGCUGAUCAGCCUCAAUCAAAUGGACCUGCAGGUCUUAGAGACUAAGAAAGGCUCACGGAGCCCACGGAACAGGAACUCCGUGAUUUACAGCUUUGCGGGGAAACAGCAGAAGAACCGCUGCAGCACGUUCCGAGUGCGUCGCAGCCAGACCAUCUACUGGAAGGAAGGGCUGUUGGUGACGUUCGAUGGGGGAUACCUGAGUGUGGAGUCAUCAGACCUGAACUGGAAGAAAAAGAAGAGCGGUGGCAUCAAGAUUAUCUGUCAGUCAGAGACGAGAGACUUCUCAGCGAUGGCCUUCAUCACUGACCACGUUAACGCUCUCAUAGAGCAGUGGUUUCCUGCGUUGACGGCGAGCGAGAGUGACGGAUCUCUGCUGAUCGAGCAGUAUUCUCCCUGUCCUUAUUGCACUGCAGUCUCACUCCACACUGACUCGCUUCCUCAGACCAGCUCUAGCUCCACUACAGUUCACUACUUCAACAUGGAGGACUGUGUGCUUGCUGCUGCUGAGAAAGAGCACAUCACCUGCCCCAAUCACCCCAAAGAGCUCGUACCCCUCCAGGAGCUCGUACCUGAGCUCUUCAUGACGGACUUCCCCUCACGGUUGUUCCUGGUGAAGAGUGACCUGGAGUGGAGUGAACAGGAAAAAGAUAUCCUCGGUCAGGGAGGCAGCGGCACCAUCAUCUACAAAGCCAAGUACAGAGGCCAGCCAGUGGCCAUCAAACACUUCCCCUUUAAGAAAUGCAGACAGCAGACACUCAACAGCGGCACAGAUACCAUGCUGAAGCACCUGCAGGCUAUGGAUGCUUCCAGAAGCUUCUCUGAGUUCCGACAGGAGGCUAGCAUGUUACACACCCUGCAGCACCCCUGCAUCGUGGCCCUGCUGGGCAUUAGCAUCCACCCGCUGUGUUUUGCCCUACAGCUGGCGCCACUUGGGAGCCUCAACACCGUGCUGGAGGAACGUAGCAAAGGUUCCUCGUUCAUACCCCUAGGCUACAUGUUGACCUUCAAAGCUGCCUAUCAGGUUGCUGCAGGUUUGGCCUACCUUCACAGGAAGAACAUAAUCUUCUGUGAUCUGAAGUCGGACAACAUCCUCGUGUGGUCGCUGCAGGUGGAGGACUCGGUCAACGUCAAGCUGUCCGACUAUGGCAUAUCCCGCCAGUCUUUCCAUGAGGGAGCUCUGGGAGUGGAGGGCACGCCAGGAUACCAGGCCCCUGAGAUCCGCCCAGGCAUCGUCUAUGAUGAGAAGGUGGACAUGUUCUCUUAUGGGAUGGUCCUGUAUGAGCUGUUGUCUGGCCGUCGGCCAUCGUUGGGUCAUCACCAGCUGCAGAUAGCGAAGAAACUCUCCAAGGGCAUCCGGCCUGUUCUGGGAAUCCCAGAGGAAGUGCAGUUCUAUUGCCUGCAGGCUUUAAUGCAGGAAUGCUGGGAGACCAAACCAGAGAAGCGUCCUCUAGCCAUGCCGAUCCUGAGACAGAUGCAGGAGCCGAGUUUCGCCUGUCUGAGGUACCUGUUGCCCUGCGAGCAGCACAGUCAGCUCUUCCUCUCCUCGCUGCAGGGCUACAGCGCCAUAUUCUGGGAUGGAGAAAAAGACAACAGGAACUACACGGUGGUGAACGCAGCCAAAGGUCAGGUGGAGGUGAAGCGAAUGCCGUGCCCAGGAUCAUGCCUCAGCUGUCAGCUGAAGACGGAGAACACCCUGUGGACCGCCACCGAGGAGCAGGAGAUCUUUAUCUACAGCCUGAAAGAGAUGUGUCCCCUGAGUCACCCGCAAAAACUGCUCUCUUGUCCGGCCGUGGUUACCUGCCUCAUGCUGCUGCCAGCCAGGUCAGAGUCUCUGCCAAAGGUAUUCGCUGGCAUGGCAGACGGCCUGAUUGCUGUGUACACCCUAGUGGAUGACUUGCCAUUGGAAGGUGAGGCCUACGUGUGCUCUCACACUGUGAACAAGACCCUGCUGGGGAUGGAGGAUUUGGACCCACGCCAAAGGCCACACCCUGUACAAAGCAUCGUGCCUGUACGCUCUGGCUCUGAGGUAUGGUACACUAAUGGGCCUGGUGUGCUCGUGAUCGACAGCCUUACACUGCAGCCCAUUCGCCGCCUUGACCCUUACCUCACACCCUCCCGCGUGGUCUCCAUGACAUCCGCCCCGAGUUUUCGAGGUGAUGAGGCUGUCUGGUGUCUCGAUGACCACACUAACACUCUGCUGAUGUACCACGCCAGUAGUUACCAGCUCUGCGCCAGUUACAGCUGCGGUGACUUGCACCCAUUCCGAGACGUUUUCCCUAUCCAGAAUCCAGCAGGAGUUACAGAUGUCACUGUGGAGACUGAGAUACAAACAGAGGAAGAAGAACCAGUACCACUCGAGCCUAAACCCACUGUCACAGUGACAAUAAUGCACAGCGAGGACGCUGGCACACAGAUCCUCAGCCUGCAGGACUCAGUAGAUUACUGCUCUAUCAGCUCCUCAGGGUUCAGCUCAGAGCAGCUGGCAGGACUCACCCACACUGAGGGUUCCAGCUCAGGGGCCCUCAGCUCGCUAGCCAGCUCCUGCAGCAUGCCCUUCUCCACAGACUGCGAGGAUGCAGACAGAGCUCAGGAUGAGCCGAUCUCAGAGGAGUCUUCACCUCUAGGAAGCGCAGAUCCAGCACCACAGAGCCGAACUCUUCCCCAACUUCAGGCCCUUAACGUGGUUCCAGUUAACGGCACAAUCUGGAUACCCAGGUGUGGAGGGGACAUAAUGGUGAUCGAGGUGCAGGAACAGUCAGGGCUGCUCAGAGGUCGUGUGAUUGCUGUGCUGACUGUCCCAGGAGUGCAACAGUAUGGGGCCCUAGUGGAAGCUGCACUGGUUGCAAAGGACACUGUUGUAUGUGGCUUUCGUAACGAAAACAUGGCCUGGUGCCUGGCUGUCUGGAGGGGCUGGGGAGGCCGCGAGCUCGAGCUCUUCUACCAGUCCUAUGAGGAGCUUGGCCGUUUGGAGACCAGCAUGAGGAAAAGAAGGUAGCUGUGUGUGAGCGUGUGUGUGCGUUACAGAGCAGAAUCGCAGCACUGUGUGGUUAAAGGUGACUUUAGGGAAUACACACACAUGUAAAGGUAAAAGGACUCAACUAUUGGAAAUGUGCAGACCUGCGUACUAGAUACUACACACGUACACAAGCCUCGGAUUGAGGGGAUAUACUGGAGAUGGAUUCGGAGGCCUAGAUAUGCAAACAGACACACCAUACACGGUUGCCAUAUAAGCUUACAUACACACUGGCUAUACAUUUGGACUGUAUAUCCAAACACACACACCAUUAUAUUGGCUGAAUCAGAGGCAUGAGUGAGGAGAACUGACAGCAGUGCUAUAUUCAUGAGAGAGAAGCUACAUUAACUCAGCAAAGGCCAGCCCUGGGAGUAUGUAUGUGUGUGUGUGUGUGUGUGUGUGUGUGUGUGUGUGUGUGUGUGUGUGUGUGUGUGUGUGUAGCACAGCAAAUUAAUCAGCAAACCAAGAAACUUGAGACUAGAGCACUCAGACUUCCUGUAACAACAGCUCGGCUGUAUUGCAAGUGUCUCUGCCUGAAGGCCAUGUCAGUGUUUGUAUUUCGAAUUAUGACCAGCAAUAAGGCGUCCUGUAUUAACCUUGUCUUCCCCAGAGCAGCUUCUUUAUACAUUGAAGCCAGUCUGGUGGCCAGCAGCUAGCCAAUAGUAAUGGACUAUGGGAUUUAAUCAGAACUUUAAGUAUGUUCACAGGUUUUAGAAUGAUUUGGUGGAAAAUCAACUUUGCAGUUUUUUUUCUUCUUACCCCAAAUGUAGUCGAUCAACCAAGACGUGAUUAGUGUCCAACAUUUGCUUUUUUUAGAUUUGCACAGGAGCAAUGAGGCUAUUGUAGGUAAGACGUAAUGAACAUCCAUCUUAUGCAAAAUCUUUUCACAUAGUAAAUAUUUGCAGCAUCCAUCAGACCGCAUGCAGUUCUUAGGUAAUAUCACAUAGACUUGUUGACGUGGUUUGGGACACAGUACGACUUUCAUUCUAGACAGCCAGGAUCACUUUUUUUUUUCUUUGGAGCAGGUUGGUAUGAUUAAACUCUUAGGGUCCAGCCUUCCAGAGUCUGAAGGUGCAGUUGUACUGGAAAGUUGAUGAUAAUAUAAAGACUGGUGACAAAUUAAAGGAAAAACCAAGAUAAAGUGUCUUAGUAAGGUUUUGGGCCAUCAUGAAUCACAAGAACAGUUUCGGUGUGCCUUGGCAGAGAUUCUACAAGUCUUUGGAAGUGUGCAGGGGGAAGAGCACCAUUCUUCCAAAAGAUAUUACUUCAACUGGUGUUUUGAAGAUGGUGGUAAAGAGCGCUGUCCAACACGUCACUAGGAAAAUCUCCCACAGGUGUACAAUUGUGUUGAGAUUAGGUGAGUGUGAAGGCUAUAGCAUAUGAUACUUCAUUUUCAUCCUCAUUAAGCAUUCAGUGAGCUCUUUAGCCCUGUGGAUGGGGGUGAAGAUAUCCUGGAAGAGACCACUCCCAACACGAUAGAAAUGUUACAUCAUAGGAUAAAAGGCAGCAGUCAGAAGAACUUUGCACUGAUUUGCAGUUACGCUUUCUUCUAAGAGGACAAGUGGGGGACAGCCUAAACCAUGCCACCAAAAUAAUACCCCUAGAGCAUAACAGAGACACAGGUUUUUCAUUUCAUUUCCCUUUGGGAUAAAUAAAGUGUUAUUUAGUUUGUCACCUGAAAUGUUAUUUUACAAAAUCUUUUACUCAUAGUGAAAUUAUGUAUCUUAACAAUGACAUUGUUAUUGAAGCAAAGCUUUGAACAUGGCAUAUAUUUUACAGAAAAGAUAGCUAUAGUGGAGCUCCAGUGCAAAACUGAAAAAAGCAAAUGUUGAACCCCAAACAUGACUUAGCUGAUUUACUACAUUUGGAUUACAAAAUUGCAUACAUUCUUUUGUCAGAACAUUCUUUAAAUACCUCUACACUAGCAGAAAUACCAGCAUGUUAGCUUUUACUAUUGUAAAUAUGUAAUAGAACUUUGUAAACAAUUAACUGUAUGAUAUUUAUUAUGGUCUAUAUGUCUGCAUGUGUAAAUAGAUUGUUACUGUAUUGUAAAUUUGAAUAAAACUGAGCAGACCUGUAUUGGA